GCGCGGCCUACUCUGAUGAUGUCUCAGCCGCCGCAGCCGCCGCCUCCUCACUUCGCCUCGCGUUUCGCGGGGCCGCCGCAGCCCGCCGGCUUUCCUCCGCCCGCGCUGCCUCCCCCGGGGCCUUUCCGGGGACCGCCGCCUCAGCCUUUCCCGCGGGGCCUCUAUCCACCGUUUCCAGGCGGAGGCCUCCCGCCUUUCCUGCCACCGCCGCCGCCGCUUCAUCCUCCACCUCAGUGGCCGCCGACCCUGCCGGAGAGGCCGCCGUUGUCAUGGAGACCGGUGACCCCGCCGCGGCCUACCCCCGAGGCCUCAGACGUGCCGGGCGACGAGGCCUGCGACGGCGACGAAGCCUGGCUCAGCCGCUUCGUCAGGCGCCGACGGCCGAUCGCCGCGCCUCCCCGUCGGGAGCGGGGCCUGACGGCGGACGACGCAGCGCAGGCGGCGGGCGAGGCGCUACGGGCGGUGGCGCGCGUGGCCGGGCUCUGCGCUGCUUGGCGGCGGCGGGGCGAUGAAGCAACUCCGGGCGAGACGGCCGAAGCCGAGGCCGGCUUGGAGGAGCUCCGCGCUCUGGUGGGGCCGCUACGCGAUCCCGGCGCUUUGGAGCGGCUGCGGGCCGGGCUGGAGCGGGGUCGUCAGAAGAGGAAGCGGCGGCAGCAGCGGAGGCAAGAGGCCCGCGACGCCCGGCAGGAGGAGGAAGCCCGGCGCGCGGAGCGCAAGGCCCGCAUCGAUCUCUGGAGGGCCCGGCGAGCCCAGGAGGAGGAGGACCGGCACCGGGAAAAAGAACUUAAAGCUGCUGCCGAUAGUGUGUUAUCAGAAGUGAGAAAAAAGCAAGCAGACACAAAGCGGAUGGCAGAAAUUCUGCGUGGCUUAGAAAAGCUUAGGAAACUAAGAAAAGAAGCAGCAGGAAGGAAAGGUGUUUGUCCGCCGCCAGCUGCAGAUGAAGCCUUUGAAAGCGAAGUUGAGAAUUUAAAAGCAUCGAUUAAAAAACGCACAGAACUCUACGAAGCUGAAGAACGAGCUCUCCGAGUCAUGCUGGAAGGAGAGCAGGAAGAAGAAAGAAAACGAGACAUGGAGAAGAAGCUGAAGAAGGAAAGGGAAAAACUCCUGCAGCAGAAGCGCAACAUGGACUCCAAACUGUUUGGGGAUCCAGAAGAAUUUCCAUUUAGCCACGUCUUGGAGCCAUUCACACAAUACUAUUUGCAAGCUGAAUAUUCCUUGCCAGCUCUCCUCCAGAUCAGGCAUGAAUGGGAUCAAUACUUGGUGCCUACAGAUCAUCCUGAAGGAGAUUUCAUUCCACCAGGAUGGGUCCUUCCAAGUCCUCCCUCCAGUGACACCUGGGCCACUGCUGUCAGGUGAUGAGUUUGAAUCACCGUUGAAGAUAAGAAGGCAUGAUUUGCCAGUUUGGGAAGGCUGCCAUAAUGAUUGACAACUCACAUUAGAAGAGUUCUUUGAGUUUAAAUGUGUUAUAGGUGGCUAAAGGAUGCCAGAAAAUAUUGAUUGAGAAGGCAAGCUUUGUCCUUAAAGGUGCUGUUAAAAGGAUAAGCAUUGAUACUUAUUGUAGUGCUUAUAAGUCCUCUCUAGCAUAUAAAUCUAAUAAACCUAAACCUAAACCUAAACCUAAUUAUACUUUGGUAUCAAAUGAUUUUGAUCAUGAAAGAAGUGUCAAUGAAUCACUGCUGUGCAUGUAUUGGAAUUUGUGGGAUAGAUUCAUAUUUUAAAAUGACUUUCCUCGGAAAUUUAUCUGAGUUUACCUUAAAAGGGAUGUAAGUGCUACAAAAUCAAAAGUGUAAUCCCUGCAAUAGAAAAAUAAUGGAUCUGCUAGAUAACAUUGGCUAAUAGAGGCCAGAUGUAAAGCUUAGCUUAUCUAUAGAGCUUAUACAUUUCAGAGACCAUGCAAUUAAUGCACCAGCUAAACAUUAUUCUAUGUGUUCUUAAUGUAAACUAAACUGGGGGAAGUCAGAAGUUAUUGUCCGAGGCAACAUUAAAGAUGAUUUCUUUGGAAUGGUAUCCAGAUGUUUAAACUCAAGGUAUUUUCCAAAACACCUCUGUGGUUAUCUUGGCCUUAUGUGGCAGGAGUUAAGUGAAUUGACAGAUGUGGCUGAUAGUAGUUUCCUUUGAAGUUCGAGUGACUGCUUUUAAAAAUUAUGGCAUUAAAUUGGAGUUGUAUGGAGUGAAUUAACUAGCUUUUUACAUGUUGCCAUAAAAAGUGGCUUUCAUUUAUACACACAUAUGUGAUUCACAUGCUUAGGGAAGCAUUUGCUUCGUUUUGUUUUUCUCUUAAAGUGGGAUAAUAGGAUAGGGAUAUAAUCUAAAAGGGUUUUGCCUCUUCAUAUUUUCAUUAUAACAUCAAAGCAUAGUUUGGCAUUCAAAAAAGGAAUCUUGAACUUCUGUGCUCUCCUGCUCCCCUUUCUGUGUUUUAAUAAAUGACCCCUUUGCUAGCCUAGUUUACAACCCUAGCUGAAGGGCACAUUUCUAGUUUAAAUAAAUGGUAAACACUGCAGCAACACAAUUCAUUCCUUGAAGUGAAAGAAUGUAAAGAGGAAGCUGAUAGAGAUUUUGUUACCUGUGAAUUACUAACUGCUUAGGAACUCUGUAUGUGCUUCUACAGAUUUCCUAUAAAAAGUUCUUAAGAAAAAUGCUCAUUUCUGUAUAAAUUCUGAUAUUCAUAAAUUGCAAAAAAAAACACCUAGAAAUUACUAUUGUUGACCAAAAGAAAUUAUUCAUACCAGACCUUGUUACUUUUCUCUACUGCUCGGUGAAUACCAUUUUCAUACUAGGUUAUUUUAUGUUCACUUGCUCCUUCAGAUCUGUUUACUUCUGAAACAAAGUUCUAAGUAUUUAAUACCAGUUGUUUUAGUUUAGCAUUAUUUACACUGGAAAGACUGAGUGUUCUUUAUCUCGUACUUCUUCCUGCAUUUCUUUAAGAAAAAAAUAUUACUAUUUUAACACAUUUUAUUUGUAUAAAUAAUACGCCCACAAACCCUGUUAAAUCAUCUUUUCUCAGACCUAAGAAAAAUUGAAACCCCAGGCAUGGCUUUUAAUAGCAUAAAGGAGAAAGUUGUACCCAAAUUGCUAGUGCAAACUAUAGCUUUUAUCUGGUACAUGUGUGCAAUAAAUAAACUUUUGUUGGAAGGUAAUUGUCAAAUCAUCUGCAAAGCUUGCUUUAUUGUUUUGUAAAGUUGGAGACAAAGUCUGGAGGAUGCUGUAAUGGGAAACUGUAAAUUGUCAGAGAGACUGAUAGCCCUGUUUAAUAAAAGGUUGCCUUUUGUUUGUACUUAAUAAAUUCUCAGCAUUUCAA